AUGAAAGCCAUGCUCGGAGCCAGCACACCCUCCAGGCCUGAGGCCAAGGCCAGGAGCAUUGCUGGGGUGUAUGUGGAGGCCUCGGGCCAGACCCAGGGUUUCUACAGUGCCAUGAAGCAGGGGCUCUUGCCUUCUGGGCUUGGGCUAGCUCUGCUGGAGGCCCAGGCAGCAACUGGGGGCCUGGUGGACCCUUCCCAGGGCCAACUGCUCCCCGUGUCUGAGGCCCUGAGGCAGGGCCUGGUGGGACUGGAACUGAGGGAGAAGCUGCUGGCUGCCGAGCGUGCAGUCACUGGCUACACUGAUCCCUAUGGAGGCGGGAAGCUGGCCCUCUUUCAGGCAAUCGGGAAGGAGGUUGUGGACAGGGCCCUGGGGUGGAGCUGGCUGGAGGCCCAGCUGGCCACCGGGGGCCUGGUGGACCCCGCCCAGGGCGUGCGAGUGGCCCCCGAGGCAGCCUGCCAACAGGGCCUCCUGGACCAGGAGACAUGGCACAGCCUGUUGGAGCUUGAGCCCGGCAUGGGCACCCCGGGCUUCCUCGACCCCAACACGCUGGAGCGGCUGUCAUACAGUGAGCUGCUGGGCAGGUGUGUGCAGGUCCCCGGCUCAGCGCUGGCCCUGCUGCCCCUGAAGACCACCUUCCACACCCUGAGUGGGGCAGUGAGUGCCACCGAGCUGCUGGAGGCAGGGGUCCUGGAUGAGGAGACUGCCAGGGGCCUGCAGGAGGGCAGUCUGACGGUGGCAGAGGUGAGCGCACGCGCUGAGGUGCGGCGCUACCUGGAGGGUACUGGUGGCAUGGCCGGGGUCGUUCUGCUGCCUGGAGGCCACAAGAAAAGUUUCUCCCAGGCCGUCACUGAGCACCUGCUCCCGUUGGGCGCCGUGCUCCCACUCCUGGAGGCUCAGGCCGCCACCCGCACCCUGGUGGACCUAGCCACAGGCAGGCGGCUGUGGGUGGACGAGGCAGUCAGGGCGGGCCUAGUUAGCCCAGAGCUCCACCAGCAGCUCCUGGUGGCAGAGCAGGCGGUGACAGGGUACCAGGACCCCUUCAGCAGCUCCCGCAUCCCCCUCUUCCAGGCCAUGCAGAAGGAGCUGGUGGACAGGCCACUGGCGCUGCGGCUCCUGGACGCCCAGCUGGCCACAGGCGGUCUGGUCUGCCCGGCCCGCAGGCUCCGGUUGCCCCUGGAGGCUGCUCUGUGCUUUGGCUGCCUGGACAAAGAGACACAGCAGUGUCUCUCACAGGUCACUGGCUUCUCUGACCCCAGCACACAUGACAGCCUCCACUAUGGGCAGCUGCUGUCCCGCUGUGUCACUGACCCAGAGACAGGGCUUGCCUUCGUGCCCCUGUCAGGGGGUCCCCAUGCAGAGGAGCCCCAGGGGCCCCUAUUCAUUGAACACUAUACUCAGCAGGCCUUGGGUAUGACCAUGACCACGGUCUCUAUGGGGAAGUUCCAGGGCCGGCCUGUGUCCCUCUGGGAGCUGCUCUUCUCUGAGGAGGUCCCCAUGGAGCAGAGGGUGGCGCUAACCCAGCGGCACCAGGAAGGGACCCUCUCGGUGGAUGAGUUGGCCACUGAGCUAAAGGCUAUCAUUGAGCAGGCUGCAGCCACUGCCAGGGUCACCUUUGCGGGGCUGAGGGACACGGUUACACCAGGAGAACUACUGAAUGCUGAGAUCAUUGACCGGGACCUGUACGAGCAGCUGGAGCAGGGGCAGACCACGGCCCAGGAUGUGGGCAGCCUGGCCUCGGUGCGGAGGUACCUGCAGGGCACAGGCUGUAUUGCCGGCCUGCUGCUGCCCGGCUCCCAGGAGCGGCUCAGCAUCUAUGAGGCCCGCAGGAAGGGGCUCCUCAGGCCUGGCACGGCCCUCAUCCUCCUCGAGGCACAGGCAGCCACUGGCUUCAUCAUUGACCCAAAAGAAAACAAAAGGUACUCCGUGGAGGAGGCGCUGCGGGCCGGUGUCAUUGGGCCUGACAUGCAUGGGAAGCUGCUGUCAGCCGAGCGCGCCGUCACCGGCUACACCGACCCCUACACCGGGGAGCAGAUCUCCCUCUUCCAGGCCAUGCAGAAAGACCUCAUCGUCCGGGAGCAUGGCAUCCGCCUGCUGGAGGCCCAGAUCGCCACCGGUGGCAUCAUCGACCCUGUGCACAGCCACCGCCUGCCCGUGGAUGUGGCCUACCAGCGCGGCUACUUCGACCAGAUGCUGAACUUGAUCCUGUUGGACCCCAGCGACGACACCAAAGGCUUCUUUGACCCGAACACGCACGAGAACCUCACCUACCUGCAGCUGCUGGAGCGCUGCGUGCACGACCCCGAGACAGACCUGUACCUCCUGCCGCUCAGCAGCACACAGCCCCAGCUGGUGGACAGCACCACCCGGCAGGCCUUCCAGAACCUGCUGCUGUCCGUGAGGUAUGGGCGGUUCCAGGGGCAGAGGGUUUCUGCAUGGGAGCUGAUCAACUCAGAAUACUUGAGUGAAGACCGGCGGCGGCAGCUGCUGCGGAGCUACCGGCUACGCAAAGUCACACUGGAGCAGGUCUCGCAGCUGCUGGAGAAAGAGAUGAGGAGGUGGGCGGAUGUCACACUGCCUGCGCUGAGGGGCCGGGUCACAGCCUACCAGCUUCUAGAGGCCCACAUCAUCGACCAGGAGCUCCUGGACCGAGUACUGGCGGGGGUGGUCAGCCCCGAGGCCCUCCUCCACAUGGACAGUGUCCGCAGGUACCUGCGUGGCUCAGGAGCAGUGGGCGGCGUGCUGCUACAGCCCUCGAACCAGUGGCUCAGCCUCUAUCAGGCCAUGAAGCAAAAGCUGCUGGUGCCCGGCGUGGCCCUGGCCCUGCUGGAGGCUCAGGCGGCCACGGGAGCCAUUGUGGACCCCUGCAGUCUGGAGACCCUGUCGGUGGAUGAGGCUGUGCGCAGGGGUGUGGUGGGGCCAGAGCUGUAUGGCAGGUUGAAGUGGGCUGAGGACGCCGUCACUGGCUUCAGAGACCCCUUCUCUGGGAAGCGGGUGUCCCUGUUCCAAGCCAUGAAAAAAGGCCUCAUCCCUGCAGAGCAGGCCACCCGCCUCCUGGAGGCUCAGGUGGCCACGGGAGGGGUCAUUGACCCCAUGAGCCACCACCACCUCCCCAUGCUGGUGGCCGCCCAGCGUGGCUGCAUCGACCAGGAGAUGGAGACAGCUUUGUCCAGCAACACCAAGACCUUCCCCACGCCAGAUGGCCGGGGGCACACCAGCUAUGCCCAGUUUCUGGAGCAGUGUCUCAGGGAUGAGGCCUCUGGUCUUCACCUCCUGCCCCUGUCGGAAAGCACUCCUUCUGUCCCCACUGAUGAGCAGGUACAAGAGACCCUGCAGGCCAUGCCAGGGGCCAAGGAUGGCACAUCACUGUGGGACCUGCUUGGCUCCUGCCACUUCACUGAGGAGCAGCGGAGGGGCUUCCUGGAGGAUGUCCGGGAGGGGAGGACCACCGUGCCUCAGCUGCAGGAGGUGGUGCAGAGGAGGGUGCAGGGGGCAGAGCUCCUGGCUCGGGCCCACAUCACAGUGCCUGGCCCGCGGGGUGAAGUCCCUGCUGUCUGGCUGCUGGACAUGGGCAUCAUCACCCACGAGACCCUGGCGGCGCUGGCUCAGGGCACACAGUUGCCCGCCAAGGUUGCUGAGGAGCCCACGGUGAAGGCCUGCCUAUGGGGCACGGGCUGUGUGGCUGGCGUGCUGCUGCAGCCCUCAGGAGCCAAAGCCAGCAUUGCCCAGGCCGUGAGGGACGGGCUGCUGCCUGCAGGCCUGGGCCAGAGGCUUCUGGAGGCCCAGGUGGCAUCUGGCUCCCUUGUUGACCCUCUGACCGGCCAGAGACUGUCGGUGGAGGGCGCAGUCAGGGCUGGCCUGGUAGGCAGGGAGCUGAGCGAGCAGCUGAGGCAGGCAGAGAGGGCCGUGGCUGGGUGCACAGACCCCUACUCAGGGAGCUCCCUCUCACUGUGGCAGGCCAUGGAGAAGGGGCUGGUGCCCCAGAGCGAAGGCUUCCCCCUCCUGCAGGUGCAGCUGGCCACGGGGGGUGUGGUGGAACCUGCCCAUGGGCUGCACCUGCCCCAGGCAGUGGCCUGCAGGCUUGGGCUCCUGGACGAGCGGACAGGCCAGGCACUGACUGAGAUACACGAGGACAACAAGUUCUUCUUUGACCCCAACUCACGGGACAAGGUGACAUACCAGCAGCUCAAGGAGCUCUGUGUGCUGGAUGCUGACACCGGCCUGUGGCUACUGCCUAUUCCCCAGGACUCUGCACCAAAGGUGGAUGACCACACCAUGGUGGCACUCAGGGCCAUGAAGGUGCCCGUCAGUAUGGGGCGGUUUCAAGGGCACAGUGUGUCACUCUGGGACCUGCUACACUCCGAGUAUGUCAGUGCCAACAAGCGGCGGGAGCUGGUUGCACUCUGUCAGUCAGGAAGGGCCACUGCCCUGCGGCAAGUGGUCACUGUGGUCACCGCCCUGGUGGAGGCUGCAGAGAGGCAGCCCCCGCAAGCCACCUUCAGAGGGCUUCGGAAGCAGGUGUCAGCCAGGGACUUGUUCAGGUCCCAGCUUAUUGACAAGAAGACACUGGACGAGCUCAAUCAGGGGAAGAGGACUGUGCAAGAGGUGACAGAGGUGGACAGCGUGAAGCGGGCCCUGGAAGGAGGCAACUUCAUUGCUGGGGUCCUCAUCCAGGACACCAAGGAGAGGAUGAGUAUCCCAGAGGCCCUGAAAAGGCACAUGCUGCGGCCUGGCACCGCCCUGGUGCUGCUGGAGGCGCAGGCGGCCACUGGCUUCAUCAUCGAUCCUGUAGAGAACCAGAAGAUGACGGUGGAGCAGGCAUUUGAGGCAGGCAUGUUCGGCAAGGAAACCUACACGAAGCUGCUGUCGGCCGAGCGCGCCGUCACGGGCUACACCGACCCCUACACUGGGGAGCAGAUCUCCCUCUUCCAGGCCAUGCAGCGGGACCUCAUCGUCCGGGACCACGGCAUCCGCCUGCUGGAGGCCCAGAUCGCCACCGGCGGCAUCAUCGACCCUGUGCACAGCCAUCGCCUUCCUGUGGACGUGGCCUACCAGCGCGGCUACUUCGACGAGGACAUGAACCGCGUGCUGGCGGACCCCAGCGACGACACCAAGGGCUUCUUUGACCCCAACACACACGAGAACCUCACCUACCUGCAGCUGCUGGAGCGCUGUGUGCGUGACCCAGAGACAGGCCUGUACAUGCUACAAAUUGUAAAGAAAGGAGAAACCUACCGGUACAUUGACGAGGCCACAAGACAAGUGCUGAGGUCCAGAACUGUGAAACUGCACAUGGGGAGGUUUGCCAAUCGGACGGUCUCCCUGUGGGACCUGCUGUCCUCUGAGUACUUCACGCAGGAAAGGAUGCAAGAACUCAUCUGGGAGUUCAGAGCCCAGAACUUGGACCUGGAGAAGUUGUUGGAGAACAUCACCAUGACAAUUGAAGACACAGAAAAGCGGAGCCAAGUCAUUACGGUGCCGGCCAUCAGGGGGAACGUGACAGCUGCAGAGUUAUUCAACUCCGGAGUCAUCGACAGAAAGACUCUCGAUGCACUUCACAGGAGCCAGAGUGGCGGGAAGGACCUCAGCCAGCUGGAGCGUGUCAAGACCUACCUGGAAGGCAGCGGCUGCAUCGCAGGGGUGACUGUGCCAUCCACCCAGGAGGUCAUGAGCUGCGCUGAGGCUGGCAGGAAGGGGCUCAUACCUGCAGUGUUCAUGGCUCAGCUUCUGGAGGCACAGGCGGCCACUGGGUUCCUGCUGGACCCCCACACACACCAGAGGCUCUCUGUGGAAGAGGCCUUGGCUGCUGGCCUGGUGGGCAAAGAUUUACAGGAGAGCCUCCUGAAUGCUGAGAAGGCCGCCAAGGGCUACACGGACCCAGCCACGGGAGACACGAUUCCACUAUUCCAGGCCAUGAAAAAGAAGUUGAUUGACAGGGAAGCAGCACUGAGACUGCUGGAGGUGCAGGUGGCCACAGGCGGGGUCAUCGACCCACUUCACCACCACCGGCUCCCACUGGACACAGCCUACAAGCGAGGCUGUCUGCACGAGGACACAUACAUGCUCGUUGCUGAUCAGAAGCACAUGAAGAAAAGGUUUGUGGAUCCCAACACACAAGAGAAGGUCACAUACCAUCAGCUAUGGGACAGGUGCCAGCGGGAGGAGAAGACGGGCUGGGCCCUGUUCCCUGUGGUCAAGGACACAAAGGACUCCACGUACAUUGAUGAGGUGACCAAGAGGGCGCUGGAGGCAGAGCAGGUGGAAAUAAUGGUAGGAAGGUACCGAGGCCAGAAGCGAUCAGUGUGGGAGCUGCUGAACUCGGAAUAUGUGACUGAGGAGAAGAAACUAGAAUUGGUGAGGACAUACAAAAGAGACACUGCCUCUGCACUGGAAAAGGUAGUAGAAGUUAUUUUUAAAAUGAUUCAAGAGCAAGAAAAGACACGUAAACAAUUAUGGUUCAGAGGGAUUAGAAGACAAAUCACAGCGCCGGAGCUCCUGGGCUCAGCCGUUAUCACAAGGGAAAUGCUGGAGAAACUAGAGAGAGGCAGCUGCACAGUGCAGCACAUAGAAGAAAAUGAAGCUGUAAAAAGGUACCUGCAGGGAACCGGCUGUAUCGCGGGUGUCCUGGUGCCCACCAAGGACGCUCCCAGCCACCAGGAGAAGAUGAGCAUCUACCAGGCCAUGUGGAAGGGCCUGCUGCGGCCCGGCACGGCCCUGGUGCUGCUGGAGGCACAGGCGGCCACCGGCUUCAUCAUCGACCCCACAGGCAACCGCAGACUGUCCGUGGACGAGGCCGUGGCCGCGGGCGUGGUGGGCGGCGAGCUGCAGGAGAAGCUGCUGUCGGCCGAGCGCGCCGUCACGGGCUACACCGACCCCUACACUGGGGAGCAGAUCUCCCUCUUCCAGGCCAUGCAGCGGGACCUCAUCGUCCGGGACCACGGCAUCCGCCUGCUGGAGGCCCAGAUCGCCACCGGCGGCGUCAUCGACCCCGUGCACAGCCACCGCGUGCCCGUGGACGUGGCCUACCAGCGCGGCUACUUUGACGAGGAGAUGAACCGCGUGCUGGCGGACCCCAGCGACGACACCAAGGGUUUCUUUGACCCCAACACACACGAGAACCUCACCUACCUGCAGCUGCUGCGCCGCUGCGUGCGUGACCCGGACUCCGGGCUCUACAUGCUGCAGCUGGCGGGCAGGGACUCCGCCGUGCACCAGAUGAGCCAGGAGCUGCGCGGCACCCUGCGUGACUUCCACGUGUCGCCCGGCUCGGGCGCCCUCCAGGGCCACAGUGUCUCCGUGUGGGAGCUCCUCUUCUACCGCGAGGUGUCCGAGAGUCUGCGCCAGGACCUGCUGCGCAGGUACCAGGCCGGCACGCUGAGUGUGCAGCAGAUGGCUGCCACCCUCACCUCGCAGCUGGCCCGGGCCGAGGACGGGGACCCGCACCCUGACCCUCAGGGUGCCCUGCGUGCAGCCACCAUGGAGGUCAGGGUGGGCCGCUUCCAGGGGCCCGCAGUGCCCGUGUGGGAUGUGCUGGUGUCCAGCUACAUAAGGGGGGACACCCGGGAGGAGCUGCUGGCCCAGUUUGGCUCAGGGACGCUGGCCCUGCCCGCCCUGACCCGCAGGCUCACCACCAUCAUCGAAGAGGCUGAGGAGGCCCACGGGGCCCAGCCCGGGCUCAGGGAUGCCUCGCACGGCCAGCAGGAGCCAGGGCCACCCGGGCAAGGAGAUGGAGGCUCGGGCCCCUCUGCAAGUGAUGCCGAGGACCAGGCCAAUGUCCGUGGGCAGGAGGAAGCCCUGCGUGCGGCCACCAUGGAGGUGCACUCCGGCCAGUUCCAGGGGCAGCCGGUCUCCGUGUGGGACGUCCUCUUCUCCUCGUACCUGAGCAAGUCCCACCGGAAUGAGCUCCUGGCUCGGCACGCAGCCGGCACCCUGGGCCUGCCCGACCUGGUCACCAUCCUCACCCAGGUCAUCGAGGAGACCGAGGAGCGGCUCAGGAAGGUGUCUUUCCGGGGCCUGCGGCGCCAGGUGUCCGCCUCUGAGCUGUGCACGUCGGGCAUCCUGGGCCCCGAGACCCUGCGGGACCUGGCCCAGGGCACUAAGACCCUGCAGGAGGUGACGGAGAUGGACUCGGUCAAGCGCUACCUGCAGGGGACCGGCUGUAUCGCGGGCGUCCUGGUGCCCGGCAAAGACACGCCUGGCCACCAGGAGAAGAUGAGCAUCUACCAGGCCAUGCGGAAGGGCCUGCUGCGGCCCGGCACGGCCAUGGUGCUGCUGGAGGCGCAGGCGGCCACCGGCUUCGUCAUCGAACCCGCAGGCAACCGCAGACUGUCCGUGGACGAGGCCGUGGCCGCGGGCGUGGUGGGCGGCGAGCUGCAGGAGAAGCUGCUGUCGGCCGAGCGCGCCGUCACGGGCUACACCGACCCCUACACUGGGGAGCAGAUCUCCCUCUUCCAGGCCAUGCAGCGGGACCUCAUCGUCCGGGACCACGGCAUCCGCCUGCUGGAGGCCCAGAUCGCCACCGGCGGCGUCAUCGACCCCGUGCACAGUCACCGCGUGCCCGUGGACGUGGCCUACCAGCGCGGCUACUUUGACGAGGAGAUGAACCGCGUGCUGGCGGACCCCAGCGACGACACCAAGGGUUUCUUCGACCCCAACACGCACGAGAACCUCACCUACCUGCAGCUGCUGCAGAGGGCCACUCCUGAUCCUGAGACCGGGCUGUUAUUUCUCUCUGUCUCCAGGGGGUGAAUGGGUGUUUUCACUCUGUUAUUUUGUCAGCUUCUGCUGAGUGUGUGACUUCGCUGUCCUCAUCUUCUCUUCCGCUCUGUAGCUGCACUGUUGUACAGAGCACUCAUGGUUCGUAUGUUGAAUGUCGUGUUGCUGGUUUCUGUGGUCCUGCUUGUGGUGUUUCUCUUCCUUUCCCGAAUGCACUUUUUUUCCUUUUUCCUGCUCUGGGUGUGCACUGUCGCUCCCUCAUUUGUGACUUUUCAGUAUUUUUUUACUCAUGCAUGUUUGCCUGUGAGCAUUCCGGAUUCACCCUCUACGUUUAGAAUGAUGUGAACUUUCUUUGGGGCCCUGGGGAAACAUACCGCAGUGCC